ACCCAAUGCGCAUGUGCAAGUCACCAGCGAGGAAUCGUCGUGCAGAAAGUAAACAUGGCUCUUCGUGAAGGAGCGCUGAGAAUGAAUUUCUUAGCUAACCGCAAUUUCUACAAAUUUACGUCGGUUGGCUUAGUACGGACGUUAUCUGAAAAAGUAUCAACCAAGCCCAAACCCAGCAGUGCUCCUGAGACAACGGGAGAUCAUUUGCUAUAUACUCAGGAGCACUUUGCGCUGAAGGACUCCCUCAGAAAGAUCAUUGACCAGGAGAUUAACCCAUAUGUGGACCAGUGGGAAGCUGAGGGGAUGUUCCCUGCUCACAAGGUCUUCAAGGUCCUGGGCAACGCUGGAUUCCUGGGAGUCAACAAGCCUGUCGAGUAUGGGGGGCUGGGGCUAGACUUCAGCUACAGUGUUGCAGUGUCAGAGGAGCUGGGCAACAUCAACUGUGGAGGGAUCCCCAUGGCCAUCGGAGUCCAGACUGACAUGGCCACCCCCGCCCUGGCCAGGUUUGGUUCAGAAGAGCUGAAGCAGGAGUUCCUGCUGCCCUCCAUCCUGGGAGACAAGGUGGCCUGUCUGGGUGUGAGUGAAGUCGGAGCUGGGUCUGAUGUCGCAAGCAUCAGGACCAGGGCGGUGAGGAAGGGUGAUGAGUUUGUGGUGAGUGGAGGGAAGAUGUGGACCACAAACGGGACCCAGGCAGACUGGAUGUGCCUGCUGGCCAACACCAGCGAUGGGCCCGCACACAAGAACAAGUCCCUCAUCUGCCUGCCCAUGGAUCUACCUGGAAUCCACAUUGCCCGCAAGAUCGACAAGAUGGGCAUGAGGUCGUCUGACACGGCCGAGGUGUUCUUCGACGACGUCCGCGUUCCCUGCAAGAACAUGAUUGGCCAGGAGGGGAUGGGCUUCACCUAUCAAAUGCUUCAGUUCCAGGAAGAGAGGCUUUGGGCUGUUGCCAAUAUUCUGACCAUGAUGGACAACGUUAUCCAGCAGACCAUCCAGUACACACGCCAGAGGAAGAUCUUCAAGCUGCCCGUUCUCUACCACCAGACGGUCCACUUCCGCCUGGCCGAGCUGGAGACAGAGGUGGAGCUGCUCCGCUCGCUUCUGCACCGCGCCACAGCUCUUUUCAUCAGAGGUAAUGAUGUGACCAAGCUGGCGUCCAUGGCUAAGCUGAAGGCGGGGCGUCUGUGCAGGGAGCUGGGAGACAGUUGCUUGCAGUUCUGGGGGGGCAUGGGCUUCACCAACGACGUUCUGGUCAGCAGGUUCUACAGAGACUCCAGGCUGCUGUCUAUUGGUGGAGGGGCCGAUGAGGUCAUGCUGGCCAUCAUCUGCAAAUACAUGGACACCCUACCCAGGAAGUGAUGUCAUCAUAUGUAACGACUAUGAUUACUCAUGAACGCGUCACCCGAAGUGCAUUUUAUUAGCAGUAAAUCCAUGGAAACAUAAUAAUAAGGGCAUGUGUCCUGUGAUCAGGUUUGUAGCCACGGUAACCAGGGAUGUGUUUAUAGUGGCAUGUUUCCAUCUUGGGAGACUGAGUGACAGUAAGGUCCUGUUCUGUAGCGUAUGUAAAUUCAGGAUUCAUUAAUAUAGCCUUGUGCUUCAUCCCUCAUCGCCUUAACCAAUAACCGUCCUCUCGGAUGUACAUGACUCAUCAAGGUAUACUUGAUAUUCACCACGUCUGUAAAUGAAGUAAUCUUGUUGUGUCAGAUCAACCUUUGCUUAGAACCUGUAAUUUUUUGUAGUAUAGUCUCAAGCCAUUGAACGGUAUGUACAGUUUUAAUCCACUUUUGUCUAAAUUAAACUUGAUCUGGCAUCUGUA